AUGCCUAACCAAUGGAAGCCGACUCCACCUCUUGAGGAAAUUACACCUCACAUCCUGCGCUUGUGGAAAGCCCGUCAGACUGACAAGAUGAUCGUUGAAAACUUGCGGAAGGUUAUUGAUACAUCCCGCUAUGGAAUAGGUUCAAGGAGAUACGUAAUGCGAUGGGUCCUUCAGCGUACUCGGCAGCAGAACCACUCUAUCGAGUCCAUCCGUGACACUAUGGUGGACCUCCGCGAGGCGUAUCCAAAUGCCGGUGCACGAGAAAUGGUUUCACUUCUCUUUCACGAGAAGGAUAUGAGUGUAUCACGUGAAUUUGACCAGAAAAUCACAGGAACGUGGUCAUUUUCAUACUUUGCUGCAUAUGAGGUGGGCCUAGUGCGUCAGAGGAAAGCCCGUCGGCUUCAGCGCAGGCGAUUCUGGGCUGCUGGUGUGAACGACCUGUUCGCUGUCGAUCAGCAUGACAAAUGGCUUCGGUUUGGUCUUGGACUCCACACGGGAAUAGAGCCGUUCUCCAGCCGUAUUAUGUGGAUACAGGUUUGGCACUCGAACCGCAACCCUCAACUGAUACUCUCGUACUAUCUCAACACGAUCGAAAAGCUAGGUCACAUUCCGAUGAUCACGCAAAGCGACCCAGGAUCCGAGAAUUACGGAAUCGCUAAUGUGCACACAAUGCUGCGCCAAAUGUAUGAUUUAUCGCUGCAUGGCACAUUGCAACACCGGUGGAUGCGCACCAAAAAGAACGUUAUGCCCGAAAUUGCCUGGUCCCAGUUGCGCCGGCGUUUUACUCCUGGUUUUGAAUCACUAUUGGACGAAGGCGUGGUCAUGGUGUUUAGAUGGGUGUUCGUCCCAUGGCUGCAGUGUGAACUAGACAGGUACCAAGACCGUGUCAACAACACCGCAAAGAGACAGGACCGUAACAAGGUUCUACCUCAUGGUGUGCCGAACCUAAUCUAUGACUCCCCUGAAGACUUUGGGGCAAUGGAUUUUAAGGUAACCGUUGAUCAGGACAGCAUAGAUCAUGUACGACGCACAUAUAUCAAAUCCGAUCAUCCCGUAUUCGACUUGGUGCCUCAACCCCUCGAUCAUUAUAUUCAACAUCAUUAUGAUGACCUUGGUCGGCCUCCAGUCACCCGCCAAUCAGCUUGGCGCAUCUACUUAGAUUUGCUUCAGUCUAUCCAACUUGCCGAACAGGUGCCACCGCCAAUAGUUUAUGGUGAUUUUGACGAAGACAACUUGCCGCUCCUUGAACAUCAGAGGGAGUUGUUGUGUGCUGAUGACACUUACAUGGGUGGUGUACAUGGAGGACUAGGUCUUGACGCAUCUGACCAUCGCCGAUUGGAUUCACUCAUAGAGGAGGAUGAACCGGAUGCAUCUUUACUACCUAAUGAACAAGUUACUGAAGAGGAUGGUUUAUUUGCUUGGUUUUCCGAUGAGGAGGAGGAUGAAACACACGAGUGGUAG